ACCCAAUACGAAGAAGAAGAAGAACACAAACAACAUGGCGGCGCCCGCGGAACACGUUGAAACGGGCUCCGCAGCAACAGAAACGGACAAAACAGAAGCUCCAGAGACUUCCAGUGAGCCAGAAUCCUCAGACUGUGAGCCCGCAGCUCAGGACCCGGACCCGGGCUCCGAUGAAGACGAGGACGGAGAAGAGCCGGCGGUCCCGAGGAUCCUGGACACCCCGGAGGACAUCCGCCUGGAGGCGAUCGCCAACACGGUGGCGCUGCAUCCUACUCGGGACAUGCUGGUGUGCGGGGACGUGGACGGGGACUUGUACGCCUAUUCGUACUCGUGCACGGAGGGGGAGAACCGGGAGCUGUGGUCCUCGGGACAUCACAUGAAGUCCUGCCGCCAGGUUCGCUUCACCGAGGACGGACUGAAGCUCUACAGCGUGUCCCGGGACAAGGCCGUGCACCUGAUUGACGUGGAGCGGGGACAGCUGGUGUCCAGGAUCCGAGGGGCCCACGGUUCACCCAUAAACUGUCUUCAGCUGGUGGACGAAAACAUCCUGGCGACCGCAGACGAUGGAGGAACCUUGAAGGUGUGGGACAUGAGGAAAGGGGAGGCUUUCAUGGAUCUGAAACAACACGAGGAUUACAUCAGUGACAUCGCUGUGGACCAGGCUAAGAGGAUCCUGCUCACCACCAGUGGAGAUGGCACCAUGGGCGUGUUCCACCUCAAGAGGCGGCGCUUCGAGCUGCAGUCGGAGUACCAGAGCGGCGAUCUGACCUCGGUGGCCGUGAUGAAGCGGGGGAAGAAGGUGGCUUGUGGCUCCAGCGAGGGGACCAUCUACCUCUUCAACUGGAACGGCUUCGGGGCCACCAGCGACCGCUUCGCUCUCAAGGCCGAGUCGGUGGACUGCAUCGUCCCCAUCAACGACAACAUCAUGUGCACCGCCUCCAUGGAUGGGUACAUCCGAGCCAUCAACGUCUUUCCUAACCGGGUCAUCGGCUGCAUCGGGCAGCAUGUCGGCGAACCCAUUGAAGAACUUGCCACGUCCCGCGACAAACGCUUCCUGGUCAGCACCGGUCACGACCAGCUCAUCAAGUUCUGGGACAUUUCCACUUUACCCGACACGACCGUCAAAGAAUACCGCAAGAGGAAGAAGAAGGACGGACGAAUGAAGUCUCUCUCUAAGAAAGCCCACGGAGACAACGACUUCUUCUCAGGACUUGUAGAGGAAACAGUGAAGAAGGAGGAAGAAGAAGAAGAAGAAGAGGAGGAUGAUAGUGACAGUGGCAGCGAUUAAAAAAGCUACAUUGAGUUUGUCAUGAAUGUGCCUUUGGACAGUUUGUCUGCCUCACAAUGUCUGAAUCAUGAACUUCAUCAUGGACGUUUCAUUGUGGCAAACGUUAGAAGGUUCUGAACUUCAAGUCCCAGAAGUCUCAGUGAAAGGUCUGUGACUUUGAAACAAACCAUCUGUGUUUGUGAAUGGAAACGUGAGGGUAGAAACUCAAAUGUAGUGGGAUGAAAAGUGAACAAUGAUCAGAUUAUUCAUUUAAAGGCUGGGUACCAUGCCUCAGACCACGGACUGUAAAUAAAGAUGGAGGUUGGAUCUCCAAAACGUGAAGCCAACGCGUCCCCCUGGUGGCUGGCAGCAAUAUGGGGCAUAAACCCUGCCUCACAUCCAAUAAAAGUUUUUACAAAAUGCUCCUGAGUGCGGUCCUUUAUAAGUCAAGUUAAUUUAUCUGAUUGUUAUUAUGUUUUCUUGAUACAUUUUUAAAUGAACUCAACUGGGUGAAGAAAAUUUAUUUAAAAACGAUUAUAUAAAAAGGGUUCAUCCUGUACUUUUACAGGUUUAUACUAAAUUGCUCAUUUACAGUGUUACAUUUUUUUAUUCAAUCUAUUAUACAUCAUAUUCAAUGUGUUAGGUCUUAGUCUUAAUAUAGACUUUGUGAUUUUGAAACUAUUGAUGAGACAUUAUAAUCCUUCAUUAAUCCCACAACGAGGAAAGUUGCAUCGUUACAGCAGCAAGGGAAGUAGAGUAACACAAGUAUAAGGAGUAUAACAUUUUUUAAUGGAAUACUAACUCAUAUACACAGAGUAAACACAAUGUGUACAGUGAUAUUGAUUGCAUUGCACAUAAACCAUUGAAUUGCACUGACAGAAAUAAAUAUUGCAGAGUUCAGAGAGUUUGGUCUGAGUUUAAUAGCAUUUAAAUCUCAAAAGCUUAGUUUUUUAUUGUGCCUUUAUUGUGUUUUUAUUGAUGAAACAAAUAUUUGACAUGUUGUAAUGAUUAUAUUGUAUUUUUGGGUUAUUGAUGACGGUUAACUUGGGCUUAUGGAAAUAAUGAAGCAUUUUUUGACAUUUUCUGAUAUGUUAUAUUUGAGUAAUUAAAGAAUUAUCAGAUGUACCGAUAAUGAAAUAAUUGUCGGUCGCACCAUGUUUAAAAUGUUCUAAAUUAAAAGACAGUGAAAAAAAUAAUCUAUUUGAUUAAACAAAACUUUACGUCCAAACAAAUUAAUAUGAAGAUCAACUAUUAAUCACCUUAUAUUGGACUGUUCCUCGGACUUUUCACAAAUUAAAUG